UGGCUUUCCAAACGCCUCCCCAACAUCCUUGUGCUCAGCCCUCUUUAUUCUGUGACUGACUAUCCUCUGCAGCCUGUUCUACUGCUCCCUCUUCGCCUAUGAAAGUGUUAAAGCAGGUCUGAGGCCUCGUUGCAGAGUAUUUUGGGCUGGAGGAAGACAAGAUGGCUUGGAUCCACAGCUAGGAUGCCUUUCUAUUAUCUGUUUGGUGUUUGAUAAGCCUGGCUCAGGGUCACUUGGGGGUGAUCACUGAUAAUCUGAUCACCAAUCGGUCAGUGUCACUUCUUCUUUUGCAAAGAGAACUAAAGGCAGCAAACAAGAUGCAAAAGUCACUUUACUACGACAACUCAGGUCCCUUCGCAGGCUGUGGCUUCCAAGAGACCAAUGGCAUGAGCUACUCUGGUCGCCCAACCUAUGCCACUGAAAAUGAAUAUGAACCUCCUUACUGCCUUCAGCCAGAAACCACCUCUAGUUCCAGCAGCAAUAAAGACGAGCUCUCUAUUAAGAGCAUUAACUUUCAUUUGCCGGAUGCCCCAGAACAAGCACAGCAGCCCAAGUCACCAAACUCAACUUCUCCUGCCCCAAAAUCAGCGACCACCCAGAGCUGCCCAUCCAAGGCGAGCAAUGGACCAGAGCCUGAUGAUGUCACUGGUACUAAGAAAAGCAGCAAGAGCAACAACUUACCCAAACAGAUCUUUCCCUGGAUGAAAGACAGCCGACAGAACUCCAAGCAGAAGAAGCAAGCCCCUCCCCCAGCAGAAGAUGAGAGCUCACUGGACAAUAGUUUUUUUAGCUCUGCAUCCAAGAGAGCCAGGACAGCCUACACCAACUCCCAGCUGGUAGAACUGGAGAAAGAAUUCCAUUUUAAUCGCUAUCUGUGCCGCCCUAGGAGGCUGGAGAUGGCCAAACUACUGAACCUAUCUGAGAGGCAAAUCAAGAUCUGGUUCCAGAAUAGGAGGAUGAAGUACAAGAAGGACCACAAGGGGAAAGGAGGAGCUUUGUCUCCUGGGGGGCUGUCCCCCUGCACAAGUCCAUCCUUGCUUCCUUACUCCAGCGCGCUCCCCCUAGAGGAUGAAAACGGCUAUGACGUGCCCAUGCCUAAUGAGUUUAACAAGAGUCCUGGCAACAUGUAUGGUUUAACUGCUUACUCAGCACCUCUCUUUGACAACCCUCCAGCCCAGAAACGAUAUGGGACCCAGUCCCUAGCCUCUGAGUACGACCACCCUUCUCUGCAUGGAGAUAUAGGCUAUGAUAGCCCUGGUCUACAAGGAAGCCAGAGCUACCUUGGAGGAAAUUACCUGGAAAAUGUGCCUGGGAACUGUUCCAUGUUCAAUCUGCCCCAUCCUUCAUCAGAUAACAUGGACUACAGCUGUGCUGCACAGACACCCAGCAAACACCAUCUCGGUCCAUGUGACCCUCAUCCCACCUACACAGACUUAAACAUUCAUCCUGUGCCUCAGGGGUGUUCCCAGGAGCCUCCUGUGCUGACACAUCUGUAGAAUGCUCUACUCUUUGAAACAUAAGGGCAAUUUAUUCUGGCCCAUUAUGUCAUUAAGUAGGGAAAAAAAAAACUAUACAUGUAAACCCACCAACAUGCCUCAGCUUCCUACAUGUCAUAUGUAUUUACUAAGCUAUGCACAAUACAGGGACUAUGCAUGGAGUGCAGACAAUGCCACAUAAGCAACCAAUUAGUCUAAACUCUCCCUUACCUCCCCUAUAGUAGAAAGUCUUAAGCCUGGACAUAACUACCAGGGAAUGUAAAAUCACACAAAAAUAAAAAAGUCUUUUUUUUUUUAUUAUUAGAAGACUAUCCAAUUCGUUCUUUCACAGCCCAUCCCGAAAUUUAGUUCUAUUUUAUUCUGUAUUUAUGUAAAUGCAGUUUUUGUAAUUUCUCAAUCUUUUUUAGUAGAAACAAAAAGAAAAGGGAAACCUAUAUUUAUAUGCGUUGGCGUUAAUCCUGUUUAAAUAUUUGUUUCUAUUUUUUGUUAGUUUAUUUUAUACUUGUCAAUUGUCUUGUUUAAUUUAUUUUUUAGGGAAUUAAAGACAGAUUUAGAUUAUUAUUUGUUUUAUUUUUUUCGUUUGAGUGAAAUUUGUUCUGUCUUUCAGAGCGAUCUGUCUCAGUUUGUCUGUAUUUUUAGUAGCUUUGGAAAUAACCGUUUGAUAAAUAAAGAGAAUUAAAAC